AUGGCUGACGAGGUCGUUCUCUUGGAUUUCUGGCCCAGCACUUUUGGGACGAGGGUCAGAAUCGCCUUGGUUGAGAAAGGUGUAGAAUACCAAUUCGUUGAGGAGAGCCUCCAAGAUAAGAGUCCUCUUCUGCUGCAGAUGAACCCAAUUCAUAAGAAGAUACCUGUCUUGAUCCAUAAUGGAAAACCCAUCUGUGAAUCUCUCCUCAUUGUUCAAUACAUUGACGAGACGUGGAAGAACGGCAAAGCUCCUCCAUUGUUGCCUUCUGAUCCUUACCAACGUGCCCAGGCCAGAUUUUGGGCUGACUACAUCGACAAUAAGAUUUACAGCUGCAUAGGGGGAAUAAUGAGGAGCUCAAAGGGAGAAGAAGAACAAGAGAAGUUCAAGAAGGAAUUUAUAGAGGGAUUGAAGGUGAUGGAGGGAGAACUUGGAGAAAAGCCCUACUUUGGAGGUGACAAUUUUGGGUUCUUGGAUGUGAGUUUUUUACCUUUCUACAGCUGGUUUUAUACGUUAGAGAAACUUGCCAUGAAUUUAAGCGUAGAGGGGGAGUGCCCAAAAUUGAUUGCAUGGGCCAAGAGGUGCUUGCAGAAGGAGAGUGUAGCUAAGUCCCUUUCUGAUCCACUCAAGAUCUAUGAUUUCGUUCUUCAAAUGAGUAAGAAGUAG